UCCUUUUCCCUUUGGCUCGAGCCUUCCCUGCUUCCUAGUUCCUUCCCGCGAGGCGCACCAAUGGCACGAACCGCCGUCCUCGGGUCUCCCCGCCUCCCUGGGCUGCCUCCGCUCAUCGGCUUGUCUCGCUGACCUGCUUGCGUUGCGCGUUCGUGGCCCGUCUCCUCCGUUUCAAACCCAGUGCCCACCCGCCCCUCUCCAGAUCUCCGGCCGCCCGGCGCGCGCUCAGUUGUAGUCCGCGGUGAUGCGGUGGUGGGCCCGCGCGCUCCUCCUCCUGGUCGCCGUCUUCUUCGUGGUUGCCGUAGCGGAGGAUAGUGCUGAUACCCUGCCAGCCAAAAAAAUUGGAGAUAGCUCACAUUCAGGUGUUGGGAAAUUUGGACAAACUGAUGAGACAAAUCCUAAUAAAGAGCACAUUGUACAUGAGGAAGGAGGAUUCAGGAGUGAUACAAGUGAGAACAAUAAGAAAGAUAACUCAACAGAAGGAACCAGCGUCAGAAGAGAUGAACCAAUACAGCAGCCAAAGGAAAAAGAUAACAAAGCAACAGAAUCUUCACAAACAAGAGACUUCUUGCAAGAUCCUCUUAUCAUGGAGUGUGAUCCGUCCCAUAGGUGUAUCAUUGAAAAGAACAAAUUCAUUGCCUGCUUAAAAGUUCCGGGAGAAGAUUCAUUAGCUCUAUCACUUCUGAUGGACAACAAAGGCAUGGAUCCACUUGAUGUUAGCAUCAUGGCUCCAGAUUAUGUCACUUUAGCUGAAGUUACUGUCCAUGUUGAAGCAAACGAUCACAAUGAGACACAGGUGAGCGUUUCUAUCAGUGAUGCUGCAAAUGACACAGCGAUAGUUCUCAAGGUUGCAGAAGAAACCUGUACUAUUAACAUUCACAGUGCAAUCACAAGGGAGACAGGUCCAGUCAUGCGAAUGCGGCUGACCUCAACGUACACGCUAGUGCCUGUAUUUGUUCUCCUUGCAGUGGUGGGAGUAUGCAUCAAACUUCGGAGGACGCGUAAGCAAGAUGGCGACCCUGCGUAUCAGAAGCUUGACACAGCAGAGCUACCGGUUUCGAUAGGAGACAAGAAGGAACCUGAUCAAUCUGAUAAGUGGGACGACAACUGGGGAGAUGACUGGGACGAUGAGGAAGCCCCGUUGACAUCAUCCAAACCUAUGCCCAACCCAUCGUCCAAAGGUCUUGCUCCAAGGAGAUCGACAAAAGAUGGCUGGAAAGAUUAGUUGGCAAAGUGAGCCCUUUUAAAGGAGCAUCGAGGGAAUAUUUCUAUUUCCAAUGCCUAUACCGUAUUUUGGUCUUCCUUUUAGAGGAAAAUUUUGUAUUGUUGCCUUAUGGUUAAAUUUCUGGAGGAGACUGUCAGACGGUUGUAAUACACUGAUACCACGCAGAGAGUUGCUGGUCGAUGCAAAAUUUUCAGGUGUAUGUCAGUAUGUCUCUUCUUGCCUGAGACCCUUUUGUAUCGCGGAAAUCCACAAUAUUCUUACAGAAUGUAUACUAGUAUAUUACUAUUACCAGUCAA